AUGGUCAACAUGACCAAGCGCGCCCUCGAGUCGACUGGUGCUUCCGAAAAGACCAAAGCCGCCAUCGUCGUUGGCAGUGUUGGCGCUGUCCUACUCUUCAGUAUCAUCCUUUUCUUCGUUCUGCGAAGUAUCCGUCUACCCAAGAACAUUCGACAAGCACAGGCUGCUGCCCGUGCUCAUGCUCGCUCUCGAAAACCUCGUCGAUCGUGGAUCCAAACUCUCACAUCGCCCUUCCGUCGCAAUGACAGCCAAACCCCUGCCUCUGCUGCCCGAGAGAUGAUCCAGGACCCCGAGGCUGCAGUCAACAGACAUACGAGUAUCCGUAGUAUCGCUACCCUGCCUGCCUACUCUGCUGUACCCCUCGAAAAUGAAGGCGUCCUUGGUCGCGAAGGCGAAAGAGCAGGCAUGGAUACUGUUGUAGAAUUCCCCGAGACCAACGAAGAGGAAGAAGGCAGAAGAGAGGCCGAAAUGGCUUCGCUCUGGCAAAUCCGCCAGCAGCGUAGACAGGAAGCUGCCGAGAGAGAGGACCGUCGUCGCCGUCGCCGAGAAGCACGCGCUCGUGGUGAUAUGGAGGCUCUCAGCGCCCUGCGCCAUGAGACCGCCCUCCGCGUCACCCUUGAGCGUGCCAACGGCUCGAACUCGAUGGUAGCCGAGCACAACGCCCGCCCACGGGAGAGAAGAAUCAGUGCUGUCUCGUAUGGCGACCUGGGUGUCGCUCGCCACGAUGGCUCGCGUGUGCGCGCAAACUCCACAGAGUCUGAUAGCAGACCUUUGCUCAACGACGCCUCCCGUACAGGCUCUGCCAAUCCCCUUCGUCCCUGGCUGUCUCGUGGUUCCUUCUCCACCCAUCAUCGUGUGGCCUCGGCUACCUCGGUCCUCACUGCCGAUAGUGCAGACCCGGAUGACAGCGACUUCGAAGUCAUCUCUCUUCAACACACUUCCUCUCGCCCACGUUCAUCCCUGGCUGUUUCCCGAGCCCAUUCCAUCAACCUGAGUCUUCGAAGAACUUCAACCACUCAGGUAAACCAGCUCCAACGCGUCGAAAGCGAUCUGGGCGAGAGUCGCAUGCCACUUCCCGAACUGCCACGUUACGACGACGCUAUGGGCUCUGAAGAAGCCCCUCCUUAUGAGGAGAUCCACUCUUCGAGGCCGUCCCUCUCGAGGGCGAACAGCCAGACAAGACCAUCGCUAUCCAGGACCAACAGCCAAACAAGGCCAAGCGAGAACAGCAGUCCGCUAUCUUCUUUGCCUGAAAUCGUCCGUCUCCCAAGCAUUCGCAUCAAUGAAGCAUCGCCGACCGAGUCGCCUCGUCAGUUCAACUUCCCGGCCAACACCAGGCCGAUGACUGCCUCAACUAUUGAUGAAGAAACGAGUCACACGACCUAA